UUGAUCCUCAUGCCUGGCACUGCCGGAACCAUGGAUAUCUCGCCACGCGCUGACGUUGACUUGUUUACCAGCCUCUCGGUUCCUGGCACUUUUUGGUACUUGUACUCAUGAUCGAAACCUUCCUCUCAUGAACAGAGCCCAUCCCUUCAACUCACACUGCUGAACUUGACUCAUCUCUAUCAUCAUAGCAGCGGCCCAUCGCUGCUCAUAGUUGCUUUGCUGCUUGUUGUUCCUUGCACUUGUUGUUUUGCAUUGUUGAGGGCGUUUGUUUUUGUCGUCUUGCCAAUAUGUUUUCCACCCUGAGCAUUUCCCCGUCUAUGCUUUCGAUUUCAGCCUUGACCUUGACCUCACUGUUGGUACCUAGUGCAGCACAGACAUUCACCGAGUGUAAUCCACUCACUCAAGGUGGAUGUCCUCCGGACCCUGCAUUGGGUCGAAGUGUCUCUGUCGACUUCACGUCUGGUCCCUCGAGUGAAUUCUCUGCUGUUGGCAGCACCUCAUACACCUCCGAUGGGGCCGCCUUCACCGUCGCUCGGUCUGGCGACUCACCGUCCAUCACGUCAGAGUGGUAUAUCAUGUUCGGGCAUGUGGACUUUGUGGUCAAGGCCGCUCCAGGCACCGGCAUAGUCAGCGCUGCCAUUCUGCAAUCUGAUUGCUUGGAUGAGAUCGAUUGGGAAUGGCUUGGAGGAGACAAUUCUCAGGCCCAGAGCAAUUAUUUUGGCAAAGGCAUCACGACGACAGGAUACAACCGAGGAGCAUUCCAUGGGGCUUCCAACAACCACGACCAAUUUCACACUUACAGCAUUGACUGGACAGCAGAGCAGAUUGUGUGGAGUAUCGACGGCACAACUGUGAGAGCCAUGAGUCAGGCCCAAGCCGAACCAGGGCAAUAUCCUCAGACCCCCAUGUAUGUCAAAAUGGGCGCAUGGGCAGGCGGAGACCCGGCCAACGCUCCGGGCACCAUCGAAUGGGCAGGAGGCUACACCGACUAUUCUCAAGGCCCCUUCACCAUGUAUGUGAAGAGCGUCCAAGUCACGGACUAUUCGACUGGUUCAGAGUAUACGUACUCUGGUAGCAGUGGUACAUGGCAAUCGAUUCAAUCCAACGGUGGCUCUAUCAACCCUGAAGGCAAGGGCACGCCAGUCUCUCCGGACUCGGCACCUGCUGUCACCUCAGUGGUUCCUGAUAAUGGUGCACCACUGGGUUUUGGUAACAACGCCAACCGCGAAUCCAUUGCCGCAACUCGGACCGGCUAUCCUUGGACUGGAACUGCCACGGCGUCGAUAGCAACUGCGAGCACUCACCAAACCUCGGACUCCUCCUGGCCAUCUGCUCCAGCUUCGGACUCGCCUUCAUCUCCUAUAGUGUACACUUCAUGGGAUGAUCAAGGAUUCUUGACCAUCGUUACGACGGAUGCCUCCUGGCUGACCGCGGCAAGAAGUUACGAUGAACAAGGCUUUUUAAUCACCCCAUCUGCUCCAACAAUUGAUACAGGACUACCCGUGCCAACUACCGGUCCAAUCACCACCAAUUCAGAACCAGAUCCUGCGAGCACCGCGGGUGCGGUUACUGCAGCCCCAACUACGACCUUUGAGACGGCGCCAAACGAGGAAAGCCAAGUCCCAAGCAAUGAAAUCAUCACGGCUGAUGCAACGACUACGGCCAUCCCUUCAGCAGAUGGCACAAGAGUGGCUGAAGGUGACUCUGAUGUCAGCACUGCUGAUUCAACACCUGUGACAAGUACUACAACCGGCUCUGAGAGUGUUCCCUCUAGCAGUAGUGAAUCGAGCUUAUCAACUGCGACGCAGACUACAGGCACAGAUGCUCAGACCUCAGCAACACCGUCAUCUGACUCCAGCAAUUCACCCAGUGCCACUGCGACAAGUGCUUCAGAGGUUUCUGCUACAUCGACAUCAUUAUCGUCAACAAAAGAAUCAAUAACUAGGUCCAACAGUCCGACGUCGACCAGAGAAAACACAACACUAGCGACAUCGACAGAAAGCGGGGCGUCAACGACGAGUGCAAGCGGCACCCCACCUGCACCCAAUGGCGUGGGUAGACAAGGUGGGAUGCAACCACUCGGUGCAUUAUUACUUGGGAUUGUGGUCCUUGUCCUUAUCUGAGGCUUUAUUUAUUGACUUUUGUCGAUGGGUGGGGCAUGGGCCAGGGCAUGAGUUCAUUUGUCAGCCCACUCCCCUGACUUGGAUCGACUGGCGUUUGGUCAAGAAAUUCUGGAACAUGGAAGAAUAGGAUAGGAUGGCGAGGCUGCGGACAAAAGGCAAAGGCAUGGACGGCAGAUGAUGUUUUAUGACAACACCAACAGAUGAUACCCAGAUAGACAGCGGCACGAGCCGUGGUUUGGAAAUUCGAACGGCGAACGGCAUUGGAGACGAGCCGUGAUAGACGAAUUAAAUGAAUAAUAAUAAUUUAAGCAUUGGUCACCAGGAUAGUAUUCUUCAAGCAGUGCAUACUGCCGUGGUCACACGAGCAUCUGGCUGAUGCUGACGGCAAAGAGUUGCAGCAGCAGGUGGAACGACUAAACGAUUUCUGUACAGUGAUCAGUCUCUAGAUCAGUCGAAGAUGUGUAGAAUAGGGAUAGGGAAAUCUGUCAGGGUGAGACCACCACGGUACAGGCCCUGGACACUGUGGAAAUGAACAGGAUAUCAAGACCCUUUUGGGCAAAUAACGGCAUUGAUGCUGCCUGAAGCAAUUAUUUAAAGUUGUUCUGAU